AAAAACUCAGUAGUCUCUGUCUACGUAUUCUCUCUCCUAUCCAUCUCCUUGUUUCAUUUCCAGAAAUUUGUCACAACUUGGAAUGCAUUUAUUAUAGUUUUUUUUUUUCCAUAACAAUUUUAUCAAUUUAUGUGAGAGAAUAAAUAUAGUUCUUCCUUUCAAAUAAAUAAAUAAAUAUGGAGAUUACCCAAUUCUGAAAGCUGUUCUUUUGCCAUUGAUCUUUGGCAUCAUCAAGAUUGAGUCUUUGGAGGGGUUGAUAAAAGGGUAUUCAUCUGAGUUGUGAUUUCUUAAACAAAAACUUCCCUUUUUAGUGUAUUUUGGCGUUUGAUUUAAUGGCUGCUGGUGCGGAGGUGUCUGGUGAGGCAGCAGUGGUUAAGGCUACUGCUACAGAGAAUUCUUCUUCGUUACCGGACAAUUAUGCCGAUUCCGGCAAAAUUUCCGAUGCCGGUUCUGAUCUCAGCGCUAAUGCGAAAUCAGAAUCCAUGUUAGACGGUGAUAAGGGGUCCAAUUCUGAUCCGAAUUCGAUCUUGAACUCGAAAUCAGAGUAUCAAAUGCAGGAUCUGGUUGAUAUGUUGAAGACUUUGAAAUUGAAUCCAUUGGCGAAGGAGUUCUUUCCUUCUUCCUAUCAUCGUGAUCAAAUGGGAGUCCAUAAUUUCGUGGGGGCUCAUAAGGGUUUGGGGCCUGACGGUGUCCGGAAUUAUCGAAAGAGAGGAAACAACAACAACCAGGGUAGAAGGAGAACAAGCAAUAGGCUUUUCAGAGCUCAAAGAGAAGAUACUGUCAGGAGAACAGUCUAUGUUUCUGACAUUGAUCAAAAUAUCACUGAAGAGAGUCUUGCUGCCUUAUUUAGUGCCUAUGGACAAGUUGUUGAUUGCCGUGUUUGUGGUGAUCCUCACUCCCGUCUUCGCUUUGCUUUUGUGGAGUUUGCUGAUGAAUACUCUGCUAGAGCAGCUCUUUGCCUCUCUGGCACAAUAUUAGGUUUCUCUCAACUGAAGGUCCUGCCUUCAAAAACUGCCAUCCUGCCUGUGAAUCCUACAUUCCUUCCCAGGUCAGAGGAUGAACGUGAGAUGUGUACUAGGACAGUUUACUGCACAAAUAUUGAUAAGAAGGUUUCCCAAGCUGAUGUUAAAGACUUUUUUGAAACAAGAUGUGGUGAGGUUUCCCGCCUGAGGCUUUUGGGGGAUCAAGUUCACUCAACCCGAAUUGCUUUUGUUGAAUUUGUUGUGGCUGAGAGUGCAAUUUUGGCGCUGGACUGUUCUGGUGAAACGAUGGGGUCUCAACACAUCAGGGUGAGUCCUUCAAAGACGCCGGUGAGGCCACAAGUCUCGCGCACACAUUAGCCUGCAGCCUCCCCCUGGUACAGUGGAACUCGACAUGAGAGAGUGAAGGGAUAUGAUGGAUGCAUGCAUGCAUGAAUGGUGAAACAAAGUGAGUCAGUCAGUCUUGGUUUCAUCCAUGAUAGUUGUUUUAAUUUAGUGGUUUUCUUUUUUCCCUGGCAAUUAAGAGAAAUUAUUUAGUCUGUUCAAACUCUGAGUGUUGUUGACCUUUGACUUUGAGAGAACUAUUUAAAUCUGGAAAUGUCCCAAAUGUUGACUU